ACUAAAAAAUAAAAAAAAAUUAGUAAUGAAUAGGCAAAAAAAAGACGAGGAACAUGCGGCUUGCCGCGAGGCCAUUCGUAUGGCCCAGAUAGAUUUCUCGUCGCUGCGGCCCACACUCAUUGAACUCGUGAUGGCAAGUAUGAGAGAAGCGUUCGAGCGCGUCAAGAUCUCAUUGAUAUUGCCAAAGCUGAUUCAGGAUCGCGCCAUGGUUAAGAAUGUGCUGACCGGCACUCAAUACGAGCCGGCAAUAAAGCUGAUCGAGGACUUCCUGCGACGACGCGAUAUCAUCUUGAGGGAGCGGCGACAGCCACUGAUGGAUCACGGCAUGAUCAAAAUCAUUGACUACUUUCAGCGGAACAUGCAGAUCUACACUCUGUUCCCUAAACUGAUGAACGACAUGUCCAAGCGGGAGAGCGCUCUAUUGGUCACCUUCGCUAAGCUGCUCAAGGUGGCCGAGACCCAUUUGAAGCGGGAUGCUUACGAGCAGAUAGCGCACGAGCGUCACCUGCACAUGGUACUGAAGGAGAAGCAGAAACUCUGGGAUGAAAUACAAAAAUUUCAGCAUGUGAUUGAAAAACACAGCAUCGAUGAAAAUGCUAGGGCGCUCGCCAAGGAGCAAUACGUGGCAAAGUUUAUGGAGGAGAGGAGACUGAAAAAAUUGCGGGACGACGAGAAAAUCGAGCGUGAACUUGAGGUCUCACGUCGAGCUAUGCGAGCCAACGCCAAGGCCAGCCGGGACAAGCAAAUCGAACUGGCCGACGAGCUGGAGAAAGUGAGAUACGAAGAUGCCAAACUAACAAAGGAAAGCAAGAAAGCUGAAAAGGAAGCUCGAGAGGAAAAGAACAAAUACGAAAUACAACUGCAGAGCAUUAUUAAGAAGUACGAUGCAAUGAUGAUUGAGAAAUUUGUUGAGAAUCUGGAGCUGACGGACAAGCUGAAUGAGGCGAAGAAGAAGCUCGACGAGUAUAAGGUGCUCUAUCGCCGAGAGCAGCGCAUCUACAAUGAGGUCGUGGUCAAGCGAGAGAAGGAAGAGGAGCGUAAGAAGCAACAGAUGAUCCUCAAGUAUAUGAUGAAUCGGGCUGCUCGCAAAAUUCAAAAGUAUUGGCGCGCAUGGCGCAAGAGUCUCAGGAAAAAUACCAAACGUCCGAAAAAGCCAUCUGCUUCUGCUGAGAAUGUAAAGAAGUAGAGGAAGACG